AUGUGGAUGGACAAUGGCAAUAGAGAGGAAGACAAGGAAGAGCAGCAGGACUCAAAGGAUGAAAAGGAGCCUGAGGAGAUGUCACCAAACACACAAAGUGUUCCUGCCUCAGAGACCAGCAGCCAGGCGAUGGAGGAGACAAAGGAUGACAUGAAGCCCGAAGCUGGUUCACCAAAGGAGUCCCGUUCAGCUUCCAUGAAUGUUGUACUUAGAAAACCUGCAAAAGUGAUUCUUGGUAUGGAUGAAAGUGAGCUGAAGUUCAAAGCACAGCUGCCAUGGAAGAACAAUCUCAAUGAGAGAGUAGAAGCAAGAGCCCAGGCCAUGCAGCAGAAAAUGUUAGAGAAGGAUAUCCUGAAAAGGGAACAGGAAAGGAAGACUGCAAAACAGCUUCCAAGGGAUGACCUGGCUAAAGAGUGGUUUGAUAUUGAAAGCGUGACGCUAACUACCCGGGCCUACUUGCUGGACAAGCUUCUACCCACCUUGAUUCCUGGAGUUGAACAGAUGUUAAUGCAAGUAGAAAAGAAGAAACUUUUGAGCAAAGCUGAUAUCCCAACCAAGUUUGAUCCAAUUAAUUAUUUGGGGGAAUAUUUAAUGAGAAACAAUACUCUUUAUAUCAAAGACCCAGGAAUGUCUGGCUACCAGCGGGUGCUGAGAGAAGUCACAGAAGAGCUGAAGGUCCAUGUUCCUGAUACGAUCAGUAACAGGGUCUCCAAAAUGAAGGAGAAAGUUAAACAAAAGAGACAACAAAGAGAUUAUAUCAGCACCGUCAAAGUCAAGGUGGCCACGAUGAGAAAGCAGGCUCUGGAGGAACAGUUCGGUGAAUGGAUUCUCGAUCCCAGAGGAAUGAUUCCGCUAGCUGUGAUUCAGAAUGUUCUUUAUGAUUUUUUUCAGAAGUCAGAUUUGCAUCUUGAAUCACAUUGCAAAGAUCUGAUUAUGAUCAAAUCUGUGGACCCAGGAUUGAAUCAAGAGCAAUUUAUACAAUACAUCUCUUCACACGUUGCAGACUUGAAAAGUGAAGUUUUUGAAGAACUCCUUAAACACCUCUGUCACCGUGCAGAGGAAUUCCGGGAGAUCAUAAAAAGCGACAUGCGGAGGCAGAUGUUUGCUGAGCUCUUCCUGUACUGUGACAGUGGGAAGGUGAAGGUCCUGGAUCGGCAGAGGACACUGGCCUUACUGGAAGCAUUCUAUGAUCAAAGUUCACACCCUGCUAGGAGCUUCCUCCGAAACCCACGGCAAUGGCCGUUAACCGAAUUUGAGGAGAUAGAGUGGUCUGAAUUUUGGGGAGAUACAGAUAUUAAAAAGCACAUUUAUGAAGACUUUGAUGAGCUGCUCUUAAGAAUGAAUGUGUUAGCUACUAAAAAACUUGCUGACAAACCCCAAGAAAUGGAAGAUCAAAAUCUUCCACAACAGCAGAAAGAGACAAGUGCCGACCAAGAACCAUCCCCCGAGUCAGCCACAGAGCCAGGAACACAGCUGGCUUCAGAACAGGGAAGCAGCAGAGAACAGAAACCCGACAGAGAGUCACUUACAGGACAAGAACAGGACAAAGGGUUACACAAAUCAUCCGUUUCAGGACAAGGAUCUCCCAGAGCAUCAGCAGUAGAGCCAAGAUUACAAAGGGGGUCAGUUGCAGAGCAAGGUUCCCGCAAAAGCUCAGCGGUAGAACAAACACAGCAGAGGGAGUCAGUUGCAGAGCAGGAGUCCCGCAAAAGCUCGGCAUCAGAACAAGAGCCACAGACAGGACAAGACUCAAACAGAGAAUCGGUGUCAGAACAAGAACCGCGAAGAGGGUCAGUUACAGAGGAAGAAGGAUCACAGAGAGGGUCACUUUCAGAACCUGUGCAACGCAGAACAUCAGUAACAGGACAACGCAGAAAAUCAUCUGCAGAUACGGGGUCUCGUAGGGGUUCAGAAGCCGGAUCGCACAAAGGAUCAGGGGUAGAACAAGGACAGCGCAAAGGAUCUGGAGGUCAGCGCAAAGGGUCAGCAGGACGCAAAAUGUCGUCUUCGGAGUAUGAAUCACACAACGAGUCCAUAACGGAGGAGCCACAGUCUGAGGCAGAGCAAGGACCACCAAUAGACACCAUUCUAGAAGAACAGGAUGCAGACUCAACCUCACAAAAAAGCGACGCCUUAAAGGAAAGUGAAGCCUCGGAAUUCGAUAAAAUGGAAUCUCAAGAAGAAAAGUCUUUGCCAGUCAUAAAUGAGGAGGAACAAGCUGCCAUGGAUUCCCAACAGGGUGAGGAAGUUCCCACGUACAGCAAAGAUGAUCGUCCGCCAGGGAAAACUUCAAAAAAGGACUCUCAGAAAGACAAAGCCUGUGACCCGAAGCCCCAACAUAUAGAAGGAAAACAGUGGUCAGGAGAAUUCUCCAUCUUUGACUGGAACAUGAAGCAUGUCCAAUCUGAAGAUGAGGAGCAGGCAAAACUGAUCUAUGCUGACUCCAGAUUCACAGACCUCCAUGCAAUUAUUAGGAAUACUCAGACUUACAAGGAGAUAAAAGGGAGGAGUGCCUUCGAUGGAGUGUCCCUCAAUCUGGUACAGUUUGUGCAGCUCCUCCAGACAUUCGUCGGUGAAGAUACCCCCCUGAGUGUCAGCCAGAGUCUCACCUCCUUUUUUCAGAAGAACUAUUUUGAAACAAAACAAGAGAAAAUGAAAGCCUUAGAACAGGCUAGACAAAACGCUUUCCGAAUCCGACGGGUGCUUCUUCUAGAAGCCCUCUUUCAGAAGUGGGACAAUGAUGGCUCAGGCUUUCUGAAUCUGAAUGAAGUUGAUGAUCUCUUGUACACAUAUAAGGAGGGGAUGGAGAAAGAAUCUAUGAAGAAAGCUAAACUUCACAUCCAAUUUCCAAACUCCCAUCCUGGUCGUGAAGUCAAAUUGUCUUCAAAGCAAUUUCAGAGGUACAUAGAAUUGGUUGUGUCUGAACUCAGGGGCAAUGAAGACCAAGUUCUGGACAGUGUUGUGGAAUUUCUGAUGGGUGCUUUAGAGAGAAGCCACACUGAGGGCCUAAGGAACUGUGCAAGACGGAAAUGGCUACAUCAGAUCCAACAUGCUGCAGAGACAAGUGGGGUGUCCCUGGAGCCAGUGUAUACUGAGACCUUUAGGGCCCUCACCCAGGAUGCUGAGGCUCAUGGAAAUAAGAAGAUCAGUGCUCACAUUUCCCUCUUAGAAGAAAACAUACUCCUGCCAGAAAGAGGGGACAUUCUCUUGAGGAAUGUGGCUUGUACCCUAGAUGAUGCUCCAUUUGUACUGAACAAAGUGCUCUACAGGGACAUGAAGGGAAUCAGCUUCACAGUAAUGGAUGAAGGCAAGCCAAUCCAUGUCCCACAAGUUCAGCACCAUGGGAACGUCUUCUUCUGGAAUAAUUCCCGCAGUAAGAAGGAGCAUAACGGUUCAUUCCUGGCUCUGCCUCUUCAGGAUGUACAUAUGAGGAUCUUUGGGGUCCUGGCAGUUGACACUCUUCGCGAUCCUCAUGAAAUAAACAUCUUCCUACCUCAUGAGAUCAAAUUCUAUCAGGGUGUUGCCAAUGCUUUCAGCACUGCCUAUCACUAUGUGCACAGCAGGGAGCAUGUCCUGCACACUGUGAUCACUGGCAUCAGGUGGCUCUUCAGCAUCACGUCUGGCAUCAGCUCCAUCACUACGUACUUCAUUGAACCUAGCUCAGAGCAGGAAGGCUAUGUUUUACGCAAAAUGAUGGUUACAGAGUAUCUCGGCCUAACAGAAAUCCAUGCGGAACCCCCAACCAUCUCAAGGAAGUCGUGCAUCUUCAGAGAUUUCCUCUUUAAGUGCAUAGACACUUCAGAAGUAAUUUUGGCUUCUACCAGUGGAGAAACCCACAUUGCAAUCCCGCUUCGCGAAAGAACAAGAGAAGCUAUGGGAGUCCUCGAUGUUAACGUUGGCCAAACUAGGAUGCUGGUGUAUCAAGAGUAUAAGGAUCUUCAGAAAAUGACGAAGAUGAUCCAGAAUGCCUCCGAUGAAAUACUGGGCGAAUUCUCUGGAGAAAUCAUAAAGAAUGAGGUCAUAGAGAUGGAGAAGACGGGAGAAGUCACGCGGGCAGGGAUUCUCUUCUUCCGCACCAUGCUGCAGGAGCUUCGGGAAUGCCUCCAGCUCCUCACGUCCAUGGACUUUGUGUCGUUGCUGCUGUAUGAACACAAACCUCACACGGAUUCGGCGUACUUCCAGGACCUCGAGUCCCAGGAUAUAGAAGCCAAUGUGGUCCUUGUGCACGACAUCCUGAAAGGAGUGAUCUUGUUUUCUCAGCAGGAGAUAGAAUCUUCCAAUGACUUGGAAGAGUGGGAAAAGUGGAAGUUUUACAUUAACAAGUACUUAGUUGAAGAUCUUUGUGUGUUUGAUCCAACUGCUAGCAAUGUGAAGGUUAAUGUACAGCUUAUUAUGAACUACAUCCAAGGUCAUUCUCGAAUCGAAGUAUGGAAAUUUGGCAAUCUUGUCAUUGAACUCCUGUACCACUGGUUACACAUUUGUUUAACUCUCAUGGAGCUAAGAGACAAACAAAAUAGUUGUAUUUUACCUCCAUUGCCCAAGAAGAGUGAGACCUCUGCUUGUGCAAAAUUCUCAGAGAAAAGUUAA